AUGGAGCAGAUUCCGUCAAAGGAGAUGAUUGAUCAAAUGAGGAACCUGGAUGCGAGGAUGGAUAAACUGGAAACUCGAGAGGAAGUAUACUGGAAACAACGGAGUAGACUAAAAAAUGAAACGGGAAGAUGGAUUGAGGAUGAACAGGAGAUAGGAGCUCAUUUUGUGCAAUAUUUUGAGACUUUAUUUCACUCUGGGGGAAAUUGUGAUAUGGAGCCUGUGACUAAUCUUGUCCAACGGAGGCUAACAAAUGAUAUGAUGUUGAUGCUUGCUGUCCCUUUUAGACGAGAAGAAGAGAUAGGUGAGGAUGUUACUAAUAAAGUUCUGAAUUUUCUGAACAAUGUUGAGGAUAUUGGUGACAUAAAUCAGACUUUUAUUGUUUUCAUUCCUAAAAAGAAACAAUGUGAGUCCCUUGGUGAUUUUCGCCCGAUAAGCCUUUGUAAUGUCCUAUAUAAAAUUGUGUUGAAAGUGUUGGCAAACAGAUUAAAAUCAGUGCUCCCUUCUGUGAUUUAUGAUAGUCAGAGUGGUUUUGUUCCGGGAAGAUUGAUAACCGAUAAUGUGCUAGUUGCAUAUGAAUGUUUUCAUUAUUUGAGAAAAAAGAAGAACGGGAAAAAAGGUUAUUUGGGGCUCAAAUUAGAUAUGAGCAAGGCUUAUGAUCGUGUAGAAUGGUGCUUCUUGGAAAAAAUGAUGCAGAAGUUGGGUUUUCCCGCCUGUUAUACACAGCUGGUGAUGAAAUGCAUCUCUUUGGCUACCUUUUCAGUUAUGUUGAAUGGUCAGCCGACCAGGAACUUUAGCCUUACCAGAGGGCUACGUCAAGGGGAUCCGUUGUCCCCUUUCCUUUUCGUGGUGUGUGCUGAGGGGCUCUCUACUCUUAUUCGUCAUGCUGAAGACGAAAAAAGGAUUCAUGGAGUUAAAAUUGAAAGAAAGAUACUGAAAAGCAUUCUUGAUGGAAUUGAAAAGAUGUUUAGGAGUUUCUUUUGGGGACAAAAGGGUGAUGAGGGAAAAACGGCUUGGGUGGCAUGGGAAAAAAUGUUUUUGUCGAAAAAAGAAGGAAGACUUGGAGUGAGGAAUUUUGGAAUUUUUAAUAGUGUCCUUCUCGCUAAACAAGCAUGGAGGGUCCUUACCAUGCCAAAUUCUUUAAUGGCUCGAGUGUUGAGGGGGAAGUAUUUCCCCACGCGGGAUUUCAUGGAUGUGACUAUUAUCCCAAAUGCAAGCUUUACAUGGAAGUUAUCCGCUAGGGAGGUGUUAAAAAAAGGUGUAUGCAGGGUCAUUGGGGAUGGGGCCUCGACUCGUAUCUGGCAAGACCCGUGGGUGCCCAGAUUGCCGAAAUACCAAGUCCAGACAAGUGCUACAGGGAAUGCGAAAGAGGGGUUGAGGUGGGUGAAAGAUCUUAUAGAUGAAGGAAAGUGGAAUGUGGAGGUGCUGGAAGCUUUAAUCUCUACGUGGGAAGUGCAGGCUAUCAAAGAUAUACCAGUCCCACUGUAUGGUAGGCGAGAUUCAUGGAUGUGGAGACCAAACAAAAAUGGCAUGUUCAUUGUCAAGAGUGCGUAUUAUAUUGAGUUAUGUGAAGCUCUUAUUUCUCGGCCAUCGACGUCGGGUGGGACAAGAAAGAAAAUGUGGCAGCAACUAUGGAGUGCAAAUAUCCCUCCAAAAGCCAAAAUGUUUGGUUGGAAAGUGAUCCUCAAUGUGCUUCCAAUCAACUAUAAUCUCAUGAAAAGAGGAAUUGUGUUGACAAAUGAAUGUCAUAAGUGUGGAAAUGGACCUGAGACCGUGGAGCAUGUAUUGAUGCAUUGUGAAGGCGCAAGAAUGACAUGGUAUAUAUCACCUAUACGAAUUGAUAUUGGUCAAGUCUAUGGAAGCAAGUUUGGAGAAUGGGUGGAGGUGCUAUCUUAA